GUCACUGUUAGGUUUUCGAAGCGACCAGCGGGUAUAUUCCUGCGCUUUCUCUAAACUUAGACGAUGUCUCUCGGACGAAGUGCCAACGUUCCUAGCAACGUUAACGAGUUUCACGUACCUCGUGCUAUCGGUUUAUCGUUCCCUAGUUUAGGAGGACCAAAAUUUCAUGCAUUAAAACAACGGCUCCGUCUGUUACCUCGGAACAUUUUAUGAGAACGAAGUUCGCGUGCCAGCUCAGGCACAAAGUCACAAACUUACUCGAAUACAUUUCGCGAUGCUGACCCUAAUUAGAUUUAUAUACUUCCAUAGUUUCCGUUCGUUCCACGCGAGUGUAAGUAAAUCAGCGACGGCGACAGUCGUGAAUUCCUAUUGACGUGCACAAGGUACCGCAUCGGACAAGCGUCAUCGCCGACGAAUUAGAUGCACGCCGAGGCAAAUAUAGCUGGAACAAGAAGACAGCGAGACGAUGAGGGAAGAAGACUUGGCGACGCGCCAGCUAUGAGGGUCAGACGACGAUCGGCAAAAUUCGCGAGAUUGCAAGUCCUCGAGAGAUCAGAUCGUGUCGAGCGGCGUUAUCAAGUCAGGAUAAAACGUCAUGGCGGCUCCUCUACGGACGCCGCUUUCGAGAGAUAAGUAUAGCCACGUUGCUGUACCGGUCAAUAGUUUGAGCGCAGCCUACUUUGAUGAAAUAAGAUUAAAAGUUUUCCGAUAUUGUCCUACUUCUGUAAAUACACCACGUCGCCAUAAGAGGUGGAAUAAAGUGCAAAAGAUAAUGAAUAAUAUACUAUGACAUAUAGAAUUUAAAAACCCAACUUCAAGUGUCUUACACAUCUUGAACGUUAAAUUUCAAUUUGAGAAGCGCGCAAAACACACAUUUUAGGUAUACAGUAAACGAUAAGUGGCAAACGAGAGAGAUAGUUUUAUUGAGCUAGCGAGUUUGUCGUUCAGAUUAAAUUAAAUCUUUAAUAUUUGGAUAAAUGAGGACGGUGCAGCAAAAAUAAGAGGUCUUUUGAAGUUGUUCUAUGAUUGCAGGAAUGAUUCCUGAAUGGCCCUGGCCGACGUCCAAACCUGCUGGAGUCCAGACUUGCCCAGAAGCCCAAAACAGAAUACAUUGGUGGCGAAAAAAGUCAGAGGAAACAGAAGCGUCCCUCUUCUCAGUAUGUUUUGAAAUUAUCAAUUGCCAUAUCUCUCACAAAAUGACUGGAUCCAACCGGCGGGAAAGACAUUGAUGUGGCUGAGACGGAAAGAAAAUAUUUGGAUAACAGAAGUCAUUAAGAGUGAGUCAUUAGGACUAUGCCAUCAGGAUAAUGGAAACACGAUAAUCCGCGAUGCAUCCGCCGAUUGGCUUUCGGCCCUGGCCGGUGUCCAGUCUGCUCAGAAGAUCACGAAGAAAUUUAGGCUUUUCACGAGCCAAGGAUCAACGAUUCGUAAGAGGAAACAAAACGGCUAUUAAAAUCGGAGAAAAUUUUUCGAGAAGAUAAUUGAAGUUGAAAUCUCAGAUAAAGGUAUCCAUAGUCCGUGUGCCAUUUUCGCAGAUGUCUACAAAGGGAAGACGUAACAUGCAGGGCAAAGAGCUGGAGCGUGUAACGAAAAUUGCUUUUGCCGAUGACCACGACGAUGUGCUCCUCCUUCCCUUGUCAUCGUCGAACUAAAACGUUCGUGUAAUUACCCUCUGCUUCAUUCCUUCCUGUGCAUGAUCUUUUCAAUGGUUCUCCAUUUUCCCCGUUUUUGAGUCCGUCAACCGAGACAUCGCGUGAGACCCUUUCUUUGAGGACCUCUUUCACUCUCUGGUUAAAUAAACCGACGAUUAACUUACAGUUGUACCAACAGCAGUUCAAUAUAUCACGCCUCUCUCUUCUUCUUCUAAGGUUCCACAAAUGUAACAUUAAUUUUAAUCUUGGUUUAAUUUUCUCUUUAGCUUUUUUAAUUCUUAAGAAUUACACACAAAAAGAUAAACACUAAUUGUAAGUUGCACCGAGGCUUAAUGCUCGUUUCUCUUAAUGUUAACUUUAACUUCGGUUCAACUUACUCUUCAUUUCUUCCUAAUUCUAGAAACUAGA